CUCUUCAAAUAUACAGAAAAACACAUCUUGUCUGUGUAAUGUCCUUCACGUCCUGUUACGUUCAGUUGGCGAAAGUUGGCUAAAAGUUUUCGCGUGACAGACUUGAUGAAUGAACAUGUAAUAAAGGAUCAAAAUGAACACAGCGUUAAAACACUGGAGGGAGGCCGCGACGGUAAUCCUGACCGCCGGAAUAAGACACACUCAGACCGCAGACUGUCUCAGAGCAGGUCUGGAUAAACUUACUACUGCUUUACCGCAAACAUCUACCUUUGAUUAUAAAGUGCUGCUGCUGAAACGAAGCGGUAAGAGCGGGUUUAUGCCCAACGCCUAUGUGUUUCCCGGGGGGUUGGUGGAUUCGUCCGACUUCUCAAGCGAGUGGCAGGAGAUCUUUAAAUCCUUCAUUAAAGCGCCCAACUACGGCAUAGGAGUCGUGAAACAGCCGCCAGAGACCAGACCACCUAUUUUUGCCACUGACAGAAUUAAACUGGGAUCUCCGAUACCAGGAGACGUUGCUUUUAGGAUAUGUGCGGUGAGAGAGACGUUUGAGGAGUCUGGUGUACUCCUAGUGGUUCCCAAACCCGAGGAAAGCCACACUAAUGUACACACAGGUAAUACAAAUGACGGUGACAGCCAGUCAGCCCUUACCAGGUUAUGCGAACGAUGGGACAGAGACGUACUGACCAAAUGGAGAUCUUUAGUUAUCAGUGACCCUGCCAAUUUUAUAAAGAUGUGCAAGGAGCUGCAGUGUUUGCCCAACAUUUGGGCUCUGCAUGAGUGGGGGAACUGGUUGACUCCCACAGGAGUGUACCCAGGCAAAAACAGGAGAUACGACACUGCUUUUUACAUCUGUUGUUUACAGGAAACUCCACAUACACUUCAAGACGAGAAGGAAAUAGUUCACUUUAAGUGGUCCACUCCCUCUGAAGUGCUGAACCGCUAUAAAUCAAAGGAAAUAUGGAUAGCACCACCCCAGCUUUAUGACCUAGGACGAAUGUGCCGGUUUCCAGCUCUCAAAGAUCUUCAUCGCUUUGCUUGCCAGAGGUCUCUGGAGGGCUGCGAGCAGUGGCUGCCUAUUCACCUGAAGUUUGACAACUUCCAAAUCUCUGUCUUGCCAGGUGAUGAUCUGUACCCAGAGGAAGUGGAUUUGUAUGGAAAGUGUGAUGGGGUGUUGAGAAUAGAGAAGAGUCUUGAAGAUUUCCAGAGGGAAAGUUCAAACCUGCAUCGCAUCAUUUUUCAAGAUCCAUAUACUGUAUCUGUCCACAUGAACAUCAGUCCCAAAUAUAACCAUAUGGCUCCUCUCUUCAGGGAAACUGUGGGUGGCCACUAUAAAAGCAGCAAACUCUGACACUUACCUGUCAUAUGGUGCAAGUGUAAUGGACAUGGAUGCUUGUUUUAAUAUUACAUUCAGAAAGUGAUGUUGCACCUCUUACUUAUUGAACAAUGCCUACUUAUAAGCUUUUCAGACGUGUGCAUCCCUAGUCAUCAUGACAAGCUUCUGCAGAUCAUUUUAACAACUGCAUUAUAUUGGCUAAGUCGGCAUAACCUUAAUCUACUGCAUUGAUGACACACAAUAACUAAAAUUCCGGGAUUACCAGAUCAAAGCUGUGGUUAAAUAUUGUAUUAAAAACUGGAAUGUAUGUUAUGAUUUCUUUAGCAUAUAAAAAAAAUGAAUUCAGAGACAA